CUGGCGAGCCGGAAGUCCCGCCUGCCGAGUCGUGGUCGUUGUUGUUGUGACGGGGACCGUGACAGCGACAGGCCCGGCCGCCCGGCACGAGCCCCCGCCCGCCCGCCCACGGGCCUCGCCGCCGCUGGCUCCGCUUCCCGCCGGCCCGCACCAUGAAGUGGAUGUUCAAGGAGGACCACGCGCUGGAGCACAGAUGUGUCGAGUCGGCAAAAAUCCGAGCCAAAUACCCUGACCGUGUCCCGGUCAUAGUGGAGAAGGUCUCAGGAUCUCAGAUUGUUGAUAUUGACAAGAGGAAGUACUUAGUUCCAUCUGACAUCACCGUGGCCCAGUUCAUGUGGAUCAUCAGGAAGAGGAUUCAACUGCCAUCUGAGAAAGCAAUAUUCCUCUUUGUAGACAAGACUGUCCCACAAUCCAGCUUAACUAUGGGACAACUUUAUGAGAAGGAAAAGGAUGAGGAUGGAUUCUUGUAUGUUGCCUACAGCGGAGAGAACACAUUUGGUUUCUGAAUGGUGGGUCUUGGCUAGUAUACCAUCCUGCUGUGUAUCUUGUAAAUAGCUAAUCAUUUUCUGUUCUGACAUCCACAGAAGUUCCUUCUAUAAACAUGCAUUUGUAACUGGAUUUAUUUCUUAAUAUAUUGAUAGGUCUUGUUAUAUUAGACUGUUAAAUUAUAUAAAAAAAAAGUUUUGUUGGUUUUUGUGCAUUUUUUUUUUUCUCAUGGCUAUGAAUUCCCAGAGCCUCACUCCUUUGGGGGAUACAUUUGAUGACACUGAUUAAAUAAUAAAGCAAAGUAGUUGGCUACUAAAACAUGAAAAGAAGAAUACGCAUUUAUUCUGUUUUGAAGUGUUAGUUUAAGAAAAAUAAAAACAUUAAAUUAGUAUUGGGAACAGUGGAUUUGAUGGCUUAUCCUAAGCAGGAACAAGAUGCUGAUCAUGUUGAAUUGAGCUAAUAUGUUCCUCUUUCUCAAUUAACAAACAAGUACAAUAAAAAUUCCUGUCACAAA